AUGCAGGAAGCGUACGAGUCCAAGUCAAGACCCGACUCUCCGGCAGCACUCGAUUCACCCUCCAGCCAGGCGCCAGAGGGCCAGACGGAUAUCACGGAGUAUCGACAGCAGCUCCACCGCAGAUUUGGCUUGCUCCACGUUUGUGGAUUGGCGCUGGCCAGCGGCAGUACCUGGGUACCAUUUGGGGGCAGUCUCAUAACAGCCAUCUUUAAUGGAGGACCUCCUGGCGUAAUCUAUGAGCUGAUAGCAAGUUCCUUUUUCUACUGGUUUAUUGCUGCCUCACUUGCCGAACUGGCUUCAUCCAUGCCCUCGUCGGGUGGAGUGUACCACUGGGCGUCAAUAACAGCAGGACGAUAUGGGCGACCGUGCGGCUGGUUCGCCGGAUGGUGGAAUUUCCUCGCAUGGAUCUUUGGAGCAGCAUCAAUGACACAGAUCAUCAGCACGCAGUCCAUGUCGGCAUAUGCAUUGUUUCACCCGGGCUUCCACAUCGAGAGAUGGCACAUAUUCGUCACGUACACCAUAUGCUCAUGGUUUUGCUGUCUGACAGUGGCACUGGGCCACCGCGUGCUGCCGAAAAUCGAGACAUUGUCCGGAUGCGUGGUAGUCGGGGGAUUCCUGGUGACGGUCGUUGUGUGCGCAGUGAUGCCAUACGUCAAUGGUCAACCGUAUGCAGACAACGACUUCGUGUGGAGUAAGUGGCAGAACCAUGUUGGCUACAGCAGCGAUGGAUUCGUCUUCUGUCUCGGGAUGCUGAACGGUGCUUUCGCCGUCGGCGCCCCGGAUGUCACUUCGCAUAUUGCUGAAGAGGUGCUUUAUCCUAGCCGCAACGUCCCACUGGGCACCCUGAUCCAAUACAUUAUAGGCUUCACCACUGCGCUCUGCUAUGCCAUCGUUAUCCUCUAUGGCAUCAGCGACCUAGACCAGGUUCUAGCUUCACCCCUCCCCUCUCCCUUGGCCGAGAUAUACCGUCAAACAACCGGCACCCGCGGCGGCGCUCUCAGUCUCCUCAUUGUCUCCAUAAUUCCUACAUUUGGCGUUGUCAUCGGGUGCUAUCUGAUUUGUGGCCGCACACUAUGGACUCUGGCUCGCGACAACGCCACCCCGUUCAGCCAAGUCAUUCGUCGUGUCCACACCCGCCACCGGAAUCCGAUGAUAUCGACCCUCGUAUGCGGCAUGGUCUGCACUCUUCUCGGAUGCAUAUACGUCGGCAACGAUACUGCCUUCGGUGCCUUCGUCGGCAGCUACGUCGUCCUGACUACCCUCUCGUACCUUGCUGCCGUGAUGCCGCAUCUGCUCAGCGGUAGGUCAAACACGCCCCGCGGCUGGUUCUGGAUGCGUGGCGCGCUGGGAUACGUUGUCAAUGGAAUCGCUUGCGCAUAUACCGUGAUCUUCAUCGUCAUCUUCUGCUUCCCAUCUUCUGUCCCCGUUGACGCCAAUUCGAUGAACUAUACGUGCCUGAUCACGGGAGGAUUGACCGCCUUCAUUGCGGCGUUUUGGUUCUGGCGCCAGCGAGACUAUGUUGGGCCCACGAAUGUGUUGUUGGAGAGUGAGAUGCUAGAACAGUCUGCAACAUAGUGUAUCUGGCGUUUUUUCC